CAGCAUUAAGCGGCAUUAGGUUUCAUCCAAGGAUGGUUCUUUCGAAGCUGUACGGCCUGAACAUACUUUUUGGACGGCCGCUACAAUGAACCUCACUAUCACAACUACCAACAUCACCAUACAGCCGCCUUCUACAAUGGCGCGCCGAGCUCCCACCCUCCUCGACCACUUCUACGUUCAACUGCAAAAGCACCCUUCAUCAGUCGCAAUUGAAGAUGGAACACAGUCUGCAGAGCAGGGAGCCUGGGAGAGGAUCACAUAUGCUCAGCUGGAUGCUCUGUCCGACAUAUGGAGCAAGCGCCUUCGCCUGGCUGGCGUGGGUGCAGGCUGUAUAGUUCCCCUUCUAUCGAAGCGAUCAAUCGCAAUGGUAGCAGCGACGUUGGCUAUCUUGAAACUCCGAGCCGCAUAUGUGCCCAUUGACAUAGACUCGUGGGGAAAGGAUCGAAUAGAGACUGUUCUGAAGGCUGUCAACCCGCAAAUCAUCGUAUCAACAUCGCCAUGUCCGAAGGAUCACUACAUGUACCCAGUUGUGGCGUUGGAGCGGAACGACUUCGAUGAGACUGCAACCAGUAACGGGACUCAUUGUACACGAAAAGAUGAGGAUUCAAUCGAUAGAGGAGACGAUCUAGCGUAUAUUAUCUUCACAUCCGGUACGACAGGGAAACCUAAAGGAGUGAAGAUAGGCCAGAGAUCAAUUUCUCGUUACGUUAAAGAAGGGGGCGAUUUGCCGUUCAAUUUCAACACCGAACAUGGCACAAGGGUGUUGCUGAUCUGUUCAAUUGCUUUUGAUGUCUGUGCCGGAGUCAUGUUCAACACCCUCUGCAACGGGGGAACCCUGGUUCUGGCCGACCCGUCAACCUUUGAAGCAGCGGCCAAAACAUGCCAUGUUUUGCCAUUGACUCCAAGCAUCCUGGUUACACUGGACCCUAAGGCGGGCUUUGAUACAGUGGAAAAGAUUUUCCUCGGUGGUGAAAGCCCAAGCCCAUCCUUGAUAGAGGCAUGGUCCUCUCCCCGCCGACGUCUCUACAACGCGUACGGGCCUACCGAGACGACAUGUACAGCGUUUAUGGGAGAACUCCUGCCUGGGUCUCCGAUUACUAUCGGCUACCCAAUCUCAUAUAGUACUGUUAUAUUACUUGAUGAGGAUGGCCUCGCAUUGGGAUAUUUCCAUGAUCCAGAUCGCACAAGCAGCGCGUUUGUCGAAUGGAACGGGGUCAAAAUUUACAAAACCGGCGACUAUGGCAAGCGGACCAAGCAUGGACUACAGUUUUGCGGUCGCAGGGACAGUGUGGUCAAGAACAGGGGUUUUUUGAUCAACCUCGAAGCCGAUGUCGAGCCUGCUCUACAGUCAUACGACAAAGUCGACAGCGCAUCGGCCUUCAUGUUCCAGGGUCAGCUCAUUGCUUUUGUCACACCUAUAUCUGCCAAAGAGGGACUUCGCGAAUAUCUUGCGAACACAGUAUCCUCGUUCCUUGUCCCUGACACGAUAUAUUCCCUGGACGAGUUUCCCACAACAGGCAACGGGAAAGUCGACCGACAGAGCCUAAUGCGCAUGCAUCAGCUGGAGCAAGGAUCAGAUACCGCCAGACUUGAGAGAGGCCUUAGUGCAGUGGAAGCCGUCCGUAGAGGAUUAUCUCAUGUCCUCCGGCUACCAGAAUCGCAAAUUCUUCAGGUUUCGUCUUUCCCAGCAGUCAUGUUAGUUUCGGUUCUGAGGAGAAUGGGGUUUGGUAUCAGUGUCGCCGAAGUGCUUUUGCUGGAUGCAGUGCAAGAAAUAGCUGCCGCUGCCACGGAGUUGAACGAUAUCCCACCUGCAUUUGCUACCCAAGAAGAUUUGAUAGAACGACUAAGGCAUGAUAUAUCGACGACCCGGCCACUUGAUGAAGGUGCGACGAUUGCACCUAUGACCGACAUGCAAACCAGGAUGCUCGGUGCUAGUGUUGCCACUCCAGGUCUUUCAUUUAUCAAAACAUCAUUUACCUUUGAUCAUCCAGAGAAACAGGACCUUACAUCCACUCUCCAUGCUGCUUGGGUUCGUCUUCAUCGGCGCCACGAGAUCCUGAGGACUGCAUUUGUCUUGACCGCAUCAAGUGGAGCCCAGGUCAUAUCCCAGGACCCUGGCUUUUCGUGGGAGCAGAAAUUCGUGACAGAAUCUGAGUGGGAAGUAGUUUGUCGAAGCGAAGAGCAUCUGGAUGUGGCCGAGUUCGCAAACUUUGACGCAGAGAGCCGAGCUUCAUUGUCAAGAGUUGUUCUGAUUAUCGCUCCCAGGAAGCGAACCCGGUUUGUCUGGACGGUCCAUCACAGCUUGGUUGACGGAUGGUCGAUGGCAACUUUGAUGCGAGAUUUCGCCUCUUGUCUCGAUGAUAAACCCAUGCCGGCAGCACCACAAUUUGCUCAAGUAGCGCAAGCAAUAGGUCAGCUCAAGGCUGAGUCCUCGGAGAGGGCCGUUUCGUUCUGGAGAGAAUACUUAGGCGGAUAUACUCCUGCUCAGAGGUUUCGGGUAUCACCGCCCUCCGAUGUCAGCGACUAUACGCAAGCAGCUUUAUCUCAGAGACUCACUGUUAGCGUAUCUGCACUGGAGGCUGCCGCCAAGAACCGAUUUGCAGUUACACCGGCCACACUCCUUUACGCUGCUUGGGGACUUCUCAUUUCCAGGUACUCCGGCACAGACCGCGCAGUGCUCGGAGCUGUUCUAUCUGGAAGAAGCUUGCCAAUACCUGGUGUAGAGAACAUCGUUGGCCCGCUGAUCAAUACUUUGCCACUGGCAAUAGACACCCAGGAGGCCCUGUCCACAUAUACUUUUGUACAAUCUGUGUUCAGACGGCUGUGUGAUAUCUCGGAGUUCCAGUGGUCUCCUGUUGCAUUGAUUCAAGAAGGCUGUGGGUGCAAUCCGGCAGAGCUCUUCGAGACGCUUUUCGCCUUGCAGUAUGACUUUCCACAGUCCCCCUGGGAGUCAAGCAAGGUCCCUGAGCCUAGGGAUAUACGCUACGAGGAAGCCACCCAGGUCCCUCUCACCGUUCUGUUGGAUAGUGCCGAUGGCCAAUUCGAUGUUCGAUUUAUCUAUCGCCGGUCACACUUUGGUGAUGCAAUUGUCCAGAGAAUGAUUUGCCAGUUUGAUAAUCUCCUUGCAGCCCUAGUUACUGCGCAACCAGACACGAACUUGAGCAAUGUCGCUGGACAAAUGUUCAACGACCGAGAGUAUGAGACGUCGAUUGCAAAGCCAGAGCAGCCGGCCAGCGCCCGUGAAGUGCCAGAAAGCCUAGUGAAGGCUAUCGAAAACUCCAUCCAAGCGCACCCUGACAUCUGUGCUGUCGAAGGGUUGACAGGGCAUCUCACAUAUAGGGAGUUUGGAAAGAUGACUGAGCAUAUUUCCUGGCGUCUUUCGCAGCACAUCCAGCCCGGGAGCGUGGUCUGCAUGAUCAGCGACGGCUCUCUUCUUUGGCUUCUUGCCAUGAUUGCAAUAGUCAGAGCUGGUGCUAUCUACUGUCCAGUUGACCAAAAACUGCCUCGCGAUAGGAAGGACUACAUGGUUCGAAACAGCAGAGCAGCAUUGAUUCUCUACGCAAAUUCCAGCCAGGAUCCAUUUUGCAACGGGUCGAUCAUGCAAGAAAUAUCUUCAUCUUCCGGCUCGCCCAUUGCAACCAGUCGCAACCGUCCCAGUGGGAGUACGGGUUUGCCUAAAGCGGUCCAGCUGCAGCACAAAGAAGGACGACUGUACUCCCGUCCGGGCCAGCGCAAUGCGCAGAUGCUGUCCCUUGGGUUUGAUUGCUGCAUCAAGGAAGUCUUCUCCACCAUCUGCUUUGACCCCGAGAAUCCUAUUGCCCAUCUAGCGAGAGUCGAUGCUACGAUGGCAACUCCGUCCCUACUUGCAACCUUGGAACCCGCCAACUAUCCCAACCUGAAGGUAAUCACUGUUGCUGGGGAAGCUGUGUCCCAGGUCCUCAACGACAAAUGGGCGACCGGAAGAAUUCUGAUCAACGGGUAUGGUCCUGCCGAGUGCACUUUGAUAUCUACAACAGCCAUUCUGCACCCAGGGAACAAGGUAUCAAUUGGCAAACCACUUCCGGGUCUGGCAUGCUAUCUUCUGGAUUCCAACAAACAUCCCGUACCAGUGGGAGUUAGCGGGGAGAUCUAUAUCUCUGGAGUUCAGGUCACCCCGGGUUAUCUUCACAACGAGCAAGAAACAGCCAAACGCUUCCUUGGCGACCUGUUUAACCCUGGCCAAGUAAUGUAUCGGACAGGCGACAUCGGAAGGAUGCUGGAGAAUGGAAAUAUCGAGUAUAUCGGACGAGAAGACAAUCAAAUCAAACUCCGCGGGUUCCGCAUUGACCUUGGGGAGGUCCAAAGCACCAUCUCCAAACUAGCCUCAGAGGCUAGAAACGUUGCCCUCAUUGUGUCUAAUGGAAACCUGAUUGCCUUUAUGACGCCUGAGACCAUUGACGUCAAGAGCUUAGCCAAAAGCCUCGAGACGCAGCUCCCACAGUACGCUGUCCCCAAUCGAAUCAUCGCGCUUGCGACACUUCCUACCUCGGCGAAUAAUAAGGUCGACUCGUCUGCAUUGCAGAGGUAUCUGAGAGAUCAAGGAAAGGAUGGUGCUGUCGUUGAAGACCUUGAGACCGAUACGCAACGAGCUCUUGCGGCCAUAUGGGCUGACGUGCUUGGGCGUGAUCUGAACCAGAUGCCCAUCAGUCCCAGUGAUCGUUUCUUUGAGCUUGGAGGACACUCUUUACUGCAGAUCAAAGUCGCUCAAGCCAUUUCCAAACGCUGGGAUAUCCGGCCAUUGCCACUCAAACAAGUAAUUCGCCAUCAUAGCCUUCAAGAUUUGUCUCUUGCCAUCGACGAGCUUGUAAGUGACCCGACAAGUACAGUUUCAACAACAAUGCCCUUCCUCGACAUGUCCCCGGUGGCACGGAACGACCAGCUUCCACUCUCGUACCUCGAGAAAGAAAUGCUGCUCAACCACCUCAUAUCUGGCGGCUCGCCGGCCGGAAACAUGAACUUCGUUUGCAAGAUUCGGGGUGACAUCAACGCCGAAACCCUGGCAGACGCGUUCCAGAGGGUUACCGCGGAUAUUGAAGUGUUUCGCACCAGAUACUCCGUUAUUGACGGCAUGCUCUUCCGGCAACAGGCUCCAGGAUCUGUCAAGGUUCCUCGCGUGGUCCAAACCGGCAACCUCAGCUCAUUUGUCCACGGCAGAAUCACCAAAUCCUUUGAUCUGAGCACAGAACCACCAGUAGAUGUCUCCAUAAUUAUAGGGACCCCCAUGCAAGCCAUGCUGGUAGUCGUCAUGUCUCACGUUGUCGGCGACGCAGCCACAAUGGCAACUUAUCUCAACCGGGUCUCCAAGACAUACGAGCUCCUGCGCUCAAACGCGCAACCAACCAAUUCCAUCACCGUAUCAGAUAAUCUAACCUACAUCGACUGGGCACACUGGGCUUCAACGCUUCAACCCAACCCCCGAGCCCUCACCUUCUGGUCCUCGUAUCUCUCCAACCCUCCCGCGCCACUUACCUUCGCCAACCCUUCCCCAGCACCAGCAACAUACAUCGGGCUCACCCGCUCCUGGACCCUCCCCUCCUCAAUGCACCGCAACCUGUCCAACCUCGCCGCCAAAGCUUCCGUCACCAUGCACCAGCUCAUCCUCUCCGCCGUCUUCUUUACCCUCCAGUGCCCCGGCACCGACUCCCUCCCAGGCCUCUUCCUCGACCGCCUCCUCCUCCGCAUCCAGCGCUCCCCGCACCAAUCCUCCCUCUUCGACUUCCUCUCCUCCGUCCGCGAAACCAGCCAACAAGCCCUCGCACACAUCAUCCCCUUCCACGCCCUCCGCUCCUCCCUCGCCCACAAACCAAGCCUCAUCGACCCCCUCUUCAAAGUCAUGGUCACCUACCACACAGCCGCUGACCAGCGGCCCCUUCUAGACCUCCCCGGCGCCGAAGUCCAGCCCAUCCCGUGGCGCCAUACAGGAGGAUCCAAAUUUCCCCUAACAGUUGAGUUUACGGAAACAGCAGCCCAGGACCUCCAGGUAGACAUGGAGUACGAUCUGGGGUGUAUAAGGGAAGGCAUCGCACUGAGGCUGGAAUUCGCGCUUUCAUUUGCACUACAGCUUAUGGUUCUCGAGAGGGAGACUGCGGAUAUCAUCCAGCUUGUUCAGAUGUCGUUUCGCCCUGGUGAGGACAGUCCCGUAGGGCUAUCACCUACACACGAGGGUUUGGCCGGGUUGACCAAUGGAACCAACAAGACGGAUAGUACUACAGGGCAACAAGAGCUCGAGGAUAUCCUUGCGGAUGCAGUGUGUGAAUGUCUUAGACUUGAGGCUCAGGCCGUGGACACGGACAAUAUGGAUGCCUUGAGACUACAACAUCUAUGCGAGAAGCGGGGGAGUAUUUCGGCGCUGGCAGCUUGCGCUGUGAUGAUUUGAUGGAUAGGUAGAUUGUUAGAAACGAUUCGAAUACAUUGUUUAUGUCACUGGUGAUUUUCUUGCUUCAUAUCGUAGCACCGUCAUGGUAUGUUGACAGCGAGGCACACCAACACCAUAGUAGCAUAGUCCAGCGUCAUACUAAGCUCUAAGCACGUAUGAACUAAGCAGGUUCCAAGGUCCCAACGCUCGGUUUAC